AUGAGUCGAGCGGGACGCCAAUGGCUUAGCUACUCGCUAGCAGUUCUGGCGAUCCUCCUAUUGUACAAGUAUAUGGACCCGCAUGCGCCGAAACCGCAAGUACCAACAGCCAACCCUCCGACAAAUACUGAAUCCCUCCAACCUCCCGGCCUCGCUGGCGAAGACUUGCAGAUUGAGGGAGCCCUAUCCCCAGAGCCUAAGCCAGCUCCAGCACCGGAUAGUCCCACGCCCCACGAGCCCCAGAAUGAACUGCAAGACGGAUCCCACGAAUCCAUUUGGAGAUCUUUGCCCAUGAGAUUUGCGGUUUUCCCCAAUGCUCUGCCGCCAACAGAUUCAUCGUUGGGUCUGCGAAGCAUUCAAGCGGACUCUUCCAGGUUUCCAAAAUCAACGGGAUGGUUUUCAGAGGAUGAAGCAACGAAGACCCGGAAGCGCAAACAGGCCGCGGUAAAAGCGGCCUUCCAAAGGUGCUGGGCAUCAUACAAGUCCUUGGCAUGGCGGAGCGACGAGCUUGCGCCUGUCAGUGGCGUUCCUCGCAACGCGCUUGGUGGAUGGAGUUUGGCUCUGGUGGAUAACUUGGAUACUCUCUGGAUAAUGGGGAUGUUCUCGGAGUUCGAGGAAGCUCUAAACGCAGUGGCUCAAAUUAACUUCGAAGACUCUCCGUCGGAGCUUGUCAAUACCCAUGAGAUCAACAUUCGUAUAUUGGGAGGUUUACUGGGAGCUUUUGAUUUGAGCGAAGACCCCCGAUUGUUGGACAAAGCCAUUGAAGUUGCGGAUAUGCUCUACGUUGCCUUCGACACUCCAAACCGGAUGCCCAUCAUCCACUGGGAUUUACACGAAGCCGCACGCCGAGAGGAGCAAAUCGCCGAAGAAACAGCCUCGCUGACGGAGAUCACUUCCUUUUCCUUGAGUUUACUCGGCUAUCCCAAAUCACAAAUGACCCUAAAUAUUUUGACGCCGUCCAGAUUAUGGCCCGCGAAAUUCAAUGCGCGGACAGAGAGGUUGGAUGGUGAUGUCUACAGCGUGGGCGGCGACUUUGACUCCAUAUAUCGAACUUUGCCAAAGGCGUUCGUUCUCCUCGGAGGCCGAUACCCCAUGUACCGCGAAAUGUACGAGAGGGCGAGUCGAAUUAUCUCUGGUCGCAUGCUGUUUCGGCCCAUAAAUAUCGAAAACCUCGACAUCCUCUUUGCAGGAUCUGUGCGCGUGGCCCCAUUCCCAGGGCGAAACCCGCGCACGCAUGUGGAAACUCAAGUCCACCACGGCUCGUGUUUUGCCGGGGGUAUGUUUGCCUUGGGAGGCGCCCUAUUUGACAUCCCGGCUCACCACCAAAUUGCCGACAAACUACUGGAUGGCUGCUUGUGGGCUUCCCGAAUCUCACCUCGCGGCAUUAUGCCGGAGAUUAUGGAUCUGAUUGCAUGCGAAUCGCAAGGAGAUUGCCCAUGGAAUGAGGAACACUGGCGGCGUGAGAUUCACCACAAAUCAGUGCCUAGCGCAGAUCCUGACAUGGACAUCGACGCCAUCAUCCGCGCCUAUCACUUGGCGCCGGGGGUGGUCGCGGUGCCUGAUAAACGAUAUACCCUGCGACCCGAGAUCGUCGAGAGUAUCUUCACCCUUUAUCGUGUAACGGGGCGCCAAGACCUGCUGGAUUCCGGCUGGAAGAUGUUUGAACAUAUCCGAGCUGCGACCGAAGUGACCAAUGGGAAUGCUGCGGUGGAAGAUGUCAUAAACCCAGAGGGUGAACCCGGCCACCUCGAUUCCAUGGGAAGUGUCUGGAUGGCGCAGACGCUGAAGUAUUUCUACCUUCUGUUCAGCCCCCCGGAUACCCUCAGCUUGGAUGAAUACGUCUUCAACUCUGCGGGACAUCCGCUCAGACGUCCGGAGGAAACCUUGCGAGGCGAUUCGUAG